CAGAGAGGAGCGGAGAGGAGAGGACGGCAAAACUUUAAUUUUUUUUUAAUCCCCCCCCCCCCCCUCAAAAAAACUCUACAAACAUGAGUAUGUACGGCUCCAACCCGAAACUGUACUCCAUGGGCCCGAGGAGUAACUCGCGACCGGAUUUGACGAGCGGGACCUUUCGAAACGAGGUGUUCGCCGGUGGGAACGGCUUCCAGGACUUCCAGGACGGCGGAGGGUACACCCACACCACCUUCACCCGGAGCUCCAUGCACGGCGGGGGGCUCGGGACGAUGAAAAUCAGCGGCGGCGGAGGUGGAAUGAGUGUGCAGGCUAUCCAUCAGAAAGCCAUGUUCCUGACAACCCAGUGUCAAGACUACCUGCAGCGAGCUAAAAUGGUGCUCCACGGUGGCGGUCCAGCGGCGGAUGCAGAGACGCUGCUGGUCAUGGCCUCAGAGAGCAUGGAUCAGAUGAAGCUCUGUGGCAGAGAGCUGCAGCAAAUGCGCGUCCCUAAUGACAUCUUCCAAAAUUUAGAGCAGCUCCAGCACAUGCACGGCGGUCUGCAGCAGCAGCUACUCGGCAGUAAGACCAUAAGACGGAACAGAGGCAGCGUGGGCUCCCUCGACGGGGGGAGGGCCUUCAACGACGCCCUAGGCUGGAUCGCUCAACAGAAGCGCAUGAUCGAGACGGCGCCGUGGGGAGACGACUCCGCCACUAUAGAAAAGCAAAUCUCAAGCCACAGCAGAACCCACAGCUCUCUGCAGAGGAGCCAGGAAGUAGACCGUGCCAGAGAUGAACUGAACCAAAAGGGCGACAGGUACAACCUCCAGAUCCUGGAGCAAGAAUGGGACAGCCUGCAGAAAAUGUCCCACAACCGCGUGAGUCAGCUGCGUGAGCUCCAGAACAUCAUCGAGGAGAUCUCCCGAUCCAUCAUGUGGGUGAACGAGAGGGAGGAGGAGGAGCUCAUGUUCGACUGGGGAGACAAGAACAUCGACGUCUACAUCCCCAAGAAGCAAGAGGGCUACUCGAGAAUGAUGAGCGACCUGGAGGAGAAGGAGAAAGAGCUGAACAAGCUGAAGGUGAAGUCGGAUGGACUCUUGAACAGCAACCAUCCAGCCUCAGAAAAGAUUCAAGCCUACAUGGACACCUUGCAGACCCAGUGGAGCUGGCUUCUCCAGAUCACCAAGUGUAUAAGCACUCAUUUGAAGGAGAAUGCUGCCUACAGCCAAUUUUUCAAGGAGGCCAAUGAAACCUACUCGAAGCUGCAGAAGGAGCACGAGACCAUCCGGAGCAAGUUCACCUGCGACAAGAACACCCCACUGGAGAACCUCAUUGAACUCCUGAAAAACCUGGAGAGAGAGAAGGAGCGAAUCGUGGAGAAUAAGAGGCAGGUCCAAAGUCUGGUCAACAAAUCAAAGUCCAUCGUCAGGCUGAAGCCUCGCAACCCCGAGGAGAAGAGCAGCAGCCCCAUCAUAGUCAAGGCCUUAUGUGACUUUAAACAAGACCAGAAAGGAAUUUUGAGUGGCAAUGAGGGCAUCCUGAAGGACAACUCACAGCGCAGCAAGUGGCUUGUGACUGGACCAGGAGGUUUGGACAUGAUGAUCCCAUCUGUGUGUCUGGUGAUCCCCCCGCCGAACCCGCUCAGCAUCGGCGUCGCCACCAAGAAUGAGCAGUAUUACGAAGCCAUCAUGGGCAUCUGGAACCAGCUCUACAUCAACAUCAGGAGUCUCAUCUCAUGGCAGUAUUGCCGCAAGGACAUCAGUUACAUCAACUCCCUCACGCUCAGCAUGCUGUCCAACAUGCGGCCCGAGGAGUACCGCAGUAUCAUCAAAAGACUCGAGACUCACUACCAGGAGUUCCUGCGUACCAGCCAAGGUUCUGAGAUGUUCGGAGAGGAGGAGAGGAAAACCAUCCAGGGCCACUUUGACAAAGCCCAGAACCACUACGACACUCUGAUAAUCCAGCUACCUUCUUACAGGGAGGGAGGGGCGAAGCCUGAACCCCCAAAGACGGAAACUGCCAAGCCUGUGACUACCCCAAAGCCCCCCAAAGUCACGACCAGCUCCACCCUCAGCCUUACCCUGCUCAGCAGCCUGCAGGAGAUUCGACGCAGGCUGGAGCUGGCUGAGUCCGGUCUCACCAGCCACCUGCACGUCCCCCUGGGAGAAAACAGUGUGCAUGAGUGCUCCGUGCACAUCCAGAGAGUGCAGGAUGUGCACCAAGAGUUGGACUCCAUUCACGAUGAGUACCUGCGACUGAGAGAAAAGAUUAUAAAGCAGCUGGAAGGGAUACCUCCAGACUCCGAGCAAGCCAGGUUCCUCCAGUCUGAGCUGGAAAUCAUCAACCAAAAGCUGGGAGGCCUGCAGGGUCUUUACUCAGCUUACAUCCAAAGACUGUCAGCCCUCAGGGGUUUACUGCAGAGUCUUCUCCAGGCCGAAGACAUCAUUAAAGUCCACGAGGCCCGGCUCACAGAGAAGGAAACCACCUCUCUGGACCUUAGAGAGGUGGAGGACUAUCGCAGCACACUGAGGCUAAUGAAGAGCGAUCUGGAGCAAAAAAGAGACCUGCUGACAGCCCUGGAGUCUGACCUGGCUAAAGCAGUGCACUGGAACGGUCAAGUCUCAGACUCCUUCCACAAGUGUGACGUGGACUUGUCCAAAUACUCGGAACUGGUGGGUCAGAUGUCCGACCGCUGGCGCCGCAUCCAAACCCAGAUCGACAGCAGAAUGUGGGACUUGGAGAAGCAGGAGAAACAGCUGAGACAUUAUCAGCAGAGCAGCACUUCCCUGGAGCAGUGGAUAGACAAUGCCAGGAAGCGCCAGGACACCCUUCAGACGGCUAAGUUCAGUGACAUCCAGACUCUAAUGGAUCACCUCAACCAGCAGAAGGCCCUCCACACUGAAAUUAAAGGAAAGAAGGAGAAAGUAGAUGAUGUGCAUAAGAGCGCAGACAGCUGUGCCGCCUCCAUAAAGGACUACGAGCUGCAGCUGGCUUCCUACAGUUCAGGCCUGGAAACUCUGCUUAACAUUCCCAUCAAGAGAACAAUGCUGCAGUCCCCCGCGUCUGUGGUCAGACAAGAGUCGGCUGAUCUCCAGUCCCGCUACAUAGAGCUACUCACCCGCUCUAGUGACUACUACAAGUUCCUCGGGGAGCUGCUGAAGAACAUGGAAGAGCUAAAGAUGAGGAACACCAAGAUCGAACUGCUGGAGGAGGAACUGAGGCGUCUGAAGGAAGAAAUCAGGGAUGGCAAUCUGAGAAACAAGUCGCUGGAGGAUGACUUAGCCCGCCUCAAACUGGAGCUCUCUCAAGCGAAAGAAGAACUCCUUUCUAUGGAGGAAGUGAAGAGAACCACAGUAAUGCAGGUUACUGCCACCAAGACGAGCCUGGACAGCACACACAGCCAGCUUCAGGAGCUCAAUGACCAGCUGACGCGCGUUAAAUACCAGCUGGAUGAAGAAAAGAGGAAAAGAAGGUUGGCAGAGGAACGCUACAACAGCCAGCAGGAAGAGUAUGAGGCGGCCGUUCGCCGCAGACAGAAGGAACUGGAGGAACUCAACUGGACCAAGAUUGACCUGGAAAAGUCGGUGAAGGACAAGGAACGUGAACUGGAGAGGAUGAAGAUGCUGCUAGAUGAGGAAGCGGCACGUCGACGAGCUGCUGAAUCAGAUAUCUCAAAGGUAAGAACACAGUGUACCCAGGAGAUUAGUCAACUUAAGCAGACAUAUGAGACAGAGAUCCACGUCACCAAGACCACGAUCCUGAAAGCCUCACAACAGAAGGAAGAGGACGCCGCUGAACUGAGACUGCAAGUUGACAGACUCACUGCUGAGAAGAGAGAUGUUGAAGAGGAGCUGAGGAGACUGAGGCAGUCCAUUGGACACACGGAAGAGCAGAGACACAGGGCAGAGCAGGAGGUUAGCCAGCAGAGGGCGUCAGUGACAAAAGAGACGAGGCUGCGCAGUGAGUUGGAGGUUCAGCUGAGAACACUUGAGCAGCAGAGACAAAAUGAUGAGCUCAAACUAAAGGAUGCCACCAAAGCAAAUCAGGAAAAGACCAGGCAGAUCAGCACACUGACAUUUAACCUCGAGGAGGAGAGCAAGAAGAGGAGAGCUCUGGAGAUGGAAGUCAGUCACCUGAAGCAGCUUGAGGCAGAGCUGAAGUCAAAGAACACCUCUUAUCUGGAGGCAAUUAACAAGCUUAAAAUGUCUGAGCAGGAGAUCCGCAUCACCCGGGUAGAACUACAGAAGCAGACCUCUGAGAAAACUAAGGUUGAGCAGGAUUCUAACAAGCUGCAGAGCUGCAUCCGGGAGCUUCAGUGCUCUCUGAGUGGGAUGGAAGCUGAGUUGGAGAAGCAAAAGAAGGCAACGCAGGAGGAGUUUACACGUAGAAAGAGAAUGGAGGCAGAGGUGGAGAGGAUGACCCGUACUUGCAAAGAGCACACCACCACAAUUAACACACUGAAGUCUAUCCAGGUAGAGGUUUCCACCACUGAAAGGAAGCACGAACAGGACCUCAGUGCCCUCCAGGAGGCUCUGGACAAGAGCCUGAGUGAGCAUAAAGUCACCAAGCAGGAAUUGGCAUCAGUCACUGCAGAGCUGAGGACACUCAAACAGAAGCUCCAGCAGGAACAGGCUAAAAUCUUUGAGCUCAACCAACGUAAUGAGAACCUGUACAAGACCAUCGAGGAGAAGAGCCGCCUGCUUAACGACCACACUACAGAGAUCGAAAAGCUGAAGACGCUUACGCAGAACCUGACGAAGGAGAGGCUGAGGUUGGAGGAGGAGCUGAGGGCAGUUAGACAGGAGAGGGAUAACCUGAAGCUUAGCAAGAACGUUGUUGAUGAAGAGAGUGCCACUCAGAUCUCAGCCUUGCAUGUCGAGCUUCAGAAUAGCAGCAAGAGGACCGCGGAGCUCCAGGCUCUCAUCAGCGACCUGACCAAGGAGAGAGAAAAGCUUAAAUUGGAAAUAAACAAAUUCCAGAAGCAAUCGAUUGAGACAUCCAUGACGGUGCAUGAGUUCGAAAGCAAAUACAGUGACCUGCAGCUGGAGAGGGACGGUUUGCUAUCCAGGCUUAAACUGCUGGAGCAGGACAAGACCCGUUACCAGCGCCUGGAAGAGGAGCUCAACCGCAUCAAGCUCACACUAGAGACUGAGCUCCGCAAUAAACAGAGGCUGCAGGAUGAGAAGGAUUCCAUCUACAAGGAGUUCACCUACAUGAAGAGCCAGUAUGAGGUGAAAGACGGCAAGAUUAGGCAGUGUGAAUCAGACAGAGACAAGGCAGAGCGGGAGAGGCUCUCCCUGAAGAGUGAGGUCGAUAGGCUCAUGAGAGAGCUAAAGAGUGUAGAGGAGAGGUACAAGAACCGUCUGUUGAUCUCUGAAAAGGAGGCAUCAGACCUGGCUCACAGGAGAGACGCCCUUGAGAGAGAGAUAGAGAGGCUGCGGCAGAAACCCUGCUCACUGAACAGGUACACCCAGACAGAUGAAAAGGUCCCAACAAUCGAUCCAUCCAAGUUGGUAUUUGACGGGGUGCGCCGUAAAGUCACAGCCCACCAGCUUUGCGACUGUGGCAUAAUCAGUAAGGCCACUCUUGACCAGCUCCUGAAGGGAAAAAAGACGGUGGAUGAGGUAGCUGCAGACAUCCAGCUCAGUCUAAAGGGCACCGGAGUCAUUGCUGGCAUGAUGACGUGUGGUCAAGGUAAAAUGCCAUUCACUGAAGCCAAACACAAGAAGCUCCUGAGCCCAGAGAGCGCCCUCAUGCUCCUGGAAGCUCAGGCAGCAACAGGCUACAUAAUUGACCCGGCAUAUAACGAGAGGAUGCCUGUGGAUACUGCCUGCUCAAGAGGGAUAGUAGACACAGAGGACAGAGACACCUUGGCCACAGCUGAAGCAGCUAGCACAGGCUUCCGUGAUCCAUUCACUGGCAAAGUGCUAUCUGUGGGUCAGGCUUGCAAACAGGGCCGCAUUGACAAAGACACAGCCAUCCGCUUGCUCCAGGCUCAGGAGUCUGCUGGAGGCAUACUGGACCCAGUUCUGAGUGUGUUCCUUCCAAAAGAUCUGGCAUUGGACCGCAAUCUGAUUGAUGAGGACCUCUACAGGGCUUUGAACAAAAAACCCACCUGCUACCUAGAUCCAGCCACAGGAGAGAAGACAAGCUAUAAUGACCUUAGGAAGAAGUGUACCGUAGAACCAGUAGCUGGCUUGCUUCUGCUCCGUGCUCGAGAAGAGCCCAUUAAAGACAUCAAAGUGAAGGGCAUACGUGGUGAAGUGUCCAUCACAGACCUUAUCAACUCUGAACUGCUGGAUGAAACUGAUCUGCAGAAGUACAAGGACGGCACGCUGACCAGCAGAGAAAUUCAAGACAAGCUGAAGUCCUAUCUCUAUGGCAGCACUUGCAUCGCAGGGGUCUAUGAGGAGGCUUCUGACCGAAUACUGCCUUUCUACAAGGCAAUGAAGGAAGGGCUGCUCAUGAGAGGAACCACCCUGGAGCUUCUUGAGGCGCAAGCUUCCUCGGGAUUCAUUGUUGAUCCAGUCAACAAUAUCUUCUUGACAGUUGAAGAGGCCACAAAGAGAGGCCUGGUAGGAAAAGAGUUUAAGGCCAAGCUGUUGUCUGCAGAGAAGGCAGUAACUGGAUACACUGACCCAGCCACCGGAAACACAAUCUCCCUCUUCCAGGCUAUUGAGAAAGAUCUUAUUGAGAAAGGUCAUGGAAUCCGUCUUCUUGAGGCCCAGAUUGCCAGUGGUGGGAUUAUUGACCCCAAAGAGAGCCACCGUAUUGAUGUUGAUGUAGCCUAUAGAAAGGGAUAUUUUGGUAAAGAGAUGAAUGAGAUCCUAACUUAUGAGGGAGAUGACACAAAAGGAUUCUUUGACCCUAAUACUAAGGAGAACCUGACGUAUCUACAGCUGAAGGACAGGUGCAUCAAAGAUCGCAAAACAGGCCUCAUCCUCCUGCCACUCAGAGACAAGACGAAGCCUGUGAAGUCAGAGGAGAGCCGUACCAAUGUCCUUCGCAAGAGGCGGGUCGUGAUCGUUGACCCAGACACUGGGAAGGAGAUGUCAGUGAGGGAAGCUUACCACCGGGAGCUCAUCGAUUACGACACUUUCCUGGAACUGUCUGAGCAGGAGUGCGAGUGGGAGGAAAUAACUAUCACGGGGUCUGAUGGCUCCGCUCGUUUGGUGAUAGUGGACAGGAAAACAGGAACCCAGUAUGACAUCAAGGACUGCCUGGAGCGUGGCAUCAUUGACCAGAGCUCUUUGGAUCAGUAUCGUGCCGGAAAGCUGUCUUUGACCCAUUUUGCUGACCAAAUUGCCGAAAGAACCAGCAGCACUGAGUUGACCAUUGCAGCCAGCAGUGUCGAUGACAUGGUCACCUGCAGCAGCCCCACCCAGCUCGCACCAUCCUCUCCCACGGUCCGUAAACGCUUCAGCAGUAUUUCUAUCACCGUUUCGCCCCCUGACAUGUUUGACGACCACAGCCCUGUGGGGGCAAUCUUCGACACAGAGACCUUGGAGAAAAUAACUAUUCCUGAAGCUCUACGAAGAGGCAUAGUUGACACCCUUACUGCACAGAGGCUACUGGAGGCCCAAGCAUGCACAGGCGGUAUCAUCAACCCUGCCACUGGUGAGCGACUGUCGCUGCAGGAUGCUGUCCAUCAGUCCAUCAUUGAUGACAGCAUGGCCUCUAAGCUGAAAGCUGCCCAGAAAGCCUUUGUUGGUUUUGAGGAUGUGAAGACCAAACGGAGGAUGUCUGCAGCAGAGGCGGUGAAGGAGGCAUGGUUGCCUUAUGAAGCUGGCAAUAGAUUUUUGGAGUUUCAGUACCUGACGGGAGGCCUGGUGGAACCUGGCAGUGGGCGUCGCAUCACCAUCGAAGAGGCGAUCCGCAGAGGCUGGCUAGAUGGCCAGGCGGCCCAGAAGCUUCAGGACACGCGGAACCACCAGAAGUAUCUAACCUGUCCCAAGACAAAACUAAGGAUCUCCUACAAGGAAGCCAUGGACGGCUGCAUGGUGGAGGAAAGCAAUGGUAUGAAGAUGCUGCAGGCCUCCUCAAUCUCCUCCAAGGGAAUCAGCAGCCCUUACAAUGUCUCUAACCCAGGAUCUCGCUCUGGGUCCAGGACCGGCUCCCUCGCCGGCUCAAGGAGUGGAUCUCGCAGAGGCAGUGUUGAUUACUCCUCUAACUACACCUACAGCUACACUUCCAGCACUGCUACCUAUAGCUCCAGCUCUCAGUCUUAAAACAAAACAUAGAAAAAUAAUGAAACAAGACAAGUUAUCACCAGCAGUUCCUAUGCAGUUUGCUUUUCUAAUUUGUUUUCUUUUUUUUUCCGUGCUACCUUUGAGAUUUUGGGAAGUUUGUUUGAGAUCUGAAUCUAAUUUUAAAAUCAUUUACAUAUACACAAGUAAUACACAAGUGUUUGGAUUGUUUGCAGUUUCUGGUGAGUUGGUGCUUGAAUAUUAAUACAUUUAAUGCCGAGUUUAAUUAAUGCUCUUGUGCUAAUGCGUAAAUGUUGAAUGAAUAUAUUAGUCAUAGUUAUUUCAAUAUAAGGCUUUUGUAGAUUUUAACAACUAUGCUUGUUGAGCACAGUUUUACCAUGCAGAUUUAUUAUUUUUUGUAGUAGUUUUUUGCAGCCUGACUUGUGGAUGUUUUCUUUAAUUUUUUGCAAAAAAAAAAUAAAAAUAUAUAUAUAUAUAUAAAAGAUUGUUGGUCGUAGAAAAUGCUUUUGGUUUGAAUUGAAAUACUGACUUGACAAAGUAAUGAUUAACAUGAAAUAUUCCCUCCAGUACGAUGUUAUUCUCAAGUGAUUGCAAAUAAAGUUGUCAUAACAAUCUC